ACCAGUAAACCGAACCCUCCAGAACCGCAGGCGUCCCGGUUCCGUGGCUCCCGCUGCCUCCCAGCCGGCUGGAAGCUCCAUGGAGGCUAGAAGGAAGCUGAUCUGAACCUUCAUCCCAGAGAUUAUAAUCCAGCGGAAGAACGAAGAUGAAGGUCAAGGUGAAGGAGGAAAUCAUAGAGCUGAAGAUUGAGGACAGGAGGAAGGAGGAGGCGGAGCUUCUGGAAAUCACCGAGAUAAAGAUGGAGGAAGCCGACGGCGAGGUGGAAACGGAGCAGGAGGACGGCGGCGAGGCGGGAAUGGAGAGGAAGGUCAAGAGAAUAAAAAUGGAAGAACAAAACCUCCACAGCUCCACCUGGACCGAGCCGGACUCCUCUGGGCCACAGGCCGUCACUGCAGACAUGGUCUGCUGGUCUCCACUGUCUACAUCUCCCAAGCAUUGCCCUGCAGAUUCCCCCCAAACACAGAUACACAAGCUGCAACAGCAGCAGAUGGUGUCCCAUGGGAAGCUGGGAAGACUGCAGCAUUCAUUGCAGAUCCAGAAGGCCAAACUAGAAUAUCAGGAGUCUAUGUUGGCGACCCAGAAGGCUCUCAUUGACAACCAGGCAUCUGAGCUGGAGAGUCUAAAGACUAUGCUGGAGGAAAUGAGGAGGAGGCUGUUGGAUCUGGAGCAGUCGCAUGCUUCACAUAGAUGUAACGCCCAAAGGGUAAAAGCUCAAGAUGUAGCUACUGCGCCACAGCCUCCAAUGGCAAACCUCCAGAGUGUUCCAGGAUCUACCUAUAUUAUGAUCCUAACAUCAUCCCCAUUCCAAGCUUUUCCUUCCUGUCUAGCAACUCCGGGUCAGGCCUCUCCCUCCUAUACAUCAAUGCCUACUGAAGUCUCUCCCUCCCAUAAACCUACGCCCGCUCAAGUCUCUCCCUCCCAUAAACCUACGCCCGCUCAAGUCUCUCCCUCCCAUAAACCUGCGCCCGCUCAAGUCUCUCCCUCCCAUAAACCUACGCCCGCUCAACGGUUUCCCAACUUGACUGUCGACCAGUGGCACAAGAUUCGCUCUAGAGUGAACGAGCGCCUGAGGUGUCCGCGUAAAUUUGACCGUGUAACACCCCGCUAUGGCUUUAACUACGACUAA